GGGGGGGGGGGGGGGUGUUUUGUGUGCACUUCCAGGAAUGCUGAAACCAAUCCCAGAUGUCAAGGGAGGAGCAAAAGUGUCCUUAUUAACCAAGCUGUGGACCUUAACUCCAACUCAUUGUGUGGUUGUCAGACGAAUCAGUCAUGGGACUGCUGCUACCGAUCCUUGUUGGUUUUCUUGCUUCUCUGAUUGGAGGGUUGUACCUCCUGGGGGUUUUUCGAAAGCGGCGACCAGGAGAACCCCCAUUGGAUAAGGGGCUCAUCCCUUGGCUGGGUCAUGUCUUAGAGUUUCGCAGGGACACAUUAAAGUUUCUAGAGAGAAUGAAGCAAAAGCACGGUGAUGUAUUCACAGUGCAGCUGGGAGGACUUUAUUUUACAUUUCUUCAGGACCCUCUGUCAUUUGGGGCAUUUGUCAAGGAGAGUCGAGAAAAGCUGGACUUCAACAACUAUGCCCGGCAACUGGUGCGUAAAGUCUUUGGUUACAUAGGUAUAGAGGAAGAGUACCAGAUUCUCCACAUGUCCACCAACAAGAACCUGAAGGGGGAAGGCCUGGAGGUAAUAACACAAGCCAUGAUGAGUAAUUUUCAGAACCUCAUGUUGCACAACAUCAGCUCAGCUGCAGACCAGAAGACCUGGAUUGAAGAUGGACUGUUUAUGUACUGCUACAAUAUUGUUUUUAGGGCUGGCUACUUAUCCCUGUAUGGCAAUGUGCCGCCCAAGUCUGAAGAGAAUGAGGGGAGUGCCAAAGAGAAAGACAGAGCUGAAUCAGAUGCCUUAUUUUACGAGUUUCGUAAAUAUGACCAACUUUUCCCCAACCUGGCUUAUGGGGUCCUGCCCCCGAGGAAAAGGUUGGAAGCACAGAGGCUAAUGGAAUUCUUCUCGGACGCUCUGUCAGUGCAGAAGAUGAAGGUCAAGGACAACAUCAGUCGCUGGGUGUGGGACAUACAGCAGGCCAAAGAGGAGUUUGGUAUGGACGAGUCAAUGAUAAACAGGUACAUGUUUGUGCUUCUUUGGGGCGCUCAGGGCAACACGGGUCCUUCUUCAUUUUGGCUGCUCCUCUUCCUCAUGAAGCACCCAGAAGCUAUGAAGGCUGUGAAGGAAGAGGUAGAUAAGGUUCUGAAGAAAUCUGGGCAGGAAGUCACACGUGGUGGCCCUUUGGUCGACCUGACCCGUGACAUGUUAAUGAAAAUGCCAGUCUUAGACAGCGCUGUAGAGGAGACCCUCCGGCUCACUACUGCACCACUCCUCAUGAGGGCAGUGAUGCAAGAUACAGCGAUCAAGAUGGCUGAUGGUCAUGAAUUCCUUGUUCGCAAGGGCGACAGAAUGGCAAUCUUUCCAUACAGUGCUGUUCACAUUGACCCAGAAAUCCACCCUGACCCACAUUCAUUCAAAUAUGACCGCUUUCUGAAUCCAGAGGGGAAAAAGAAAACUGAUUUUUACAAAGGAGGGAAGAAGGUGAAGUAUUUCUACAUGCCCUGGGGUGCUGGGGUCUCCAUGUGUCCUGGGCGUUUCCUUGCCACCAAUGAGCUGAAACAGUUUGCUUUCCUCAUGCUUGUCUACUUCGACUUUGAGCUGAAGAAUCCUGAUGAGAAGAUACCUGAAAUUGACUACAGUCGAUGGGGCUUUGGAUCAAUGCAUCCCCAAAGAGACAUUCAGUUUCGAUACAGACUCAGAUAUUAAACCUGCAAUCAGAUUGUUGGGGGUUUUUCUGAUUGUGAUCAUCUCAGUAGGCUUUAAUUUGACAAUUAUAUAAUUCUGGGAAUUCUAGGAUUAAUUCUAGGAAACAUGAGAUUCCACACAUGAGAUAUCACUGAUAUUAUUAUAGGCACAUAAUGGACAUAAAAUAACUUUUUAUAUAUGUCGAUAUAAAUAAAUUGUCAACAUAUUCUAAAUAAGAACUAUGAUCAGUCCCCUUGAAAUGUACAAUAUAAAAAUGCACUACUACUAUAUUUUGAACAGUUUAUAAAUCACAAUCUUGAUAUCUAUAUUUUUUGUCCAUUGUUUCAUUCAUUAACAAUAAUAUGAUCAUAAACCUUAAAUGGAUUGUGUUUUUGACACUGAAUGUUGUAACUGCUUUAUUGCACAAUUGUUUUCAAGUGUGAUGUUAUUCUCAAUAGGUGAAGCUACAUGUAUAAGUAGUUAUAGUGCCUGUGCAAUACUCAGUGAAGUGAUAACCUAUAAUAAUUGAUUACAGUAUUGCAAAAGUUAAGUCAAAUUUUGUAGUAAUGAAGAAAUUGAGAUUGUAGUCAAAAAUGAAAAGCUUGCUGAUAUUUUUGAUUAUUUUACACUUACAGUCUAGUGUUGUAUCUUAUUAGAUGUAGUCAUGUAAACUUAUACUUUGUCUUUGUUUGUGUAACCUUAAUAUCAGACAUCAUCGAUGGACUGGUUUCACUAGAAGGUCAGUUUAUAUUCUGGGAGGGAAGUGUGUUCCAUAAACUGCACCUGUAACCACAGUAACCAACUUUGCAAUAGGAUGAGAUAAUGUGUAUCUGUUUUUUGAUUUUUUUCCACCUUUCUAAUAAAGCCU